AUGUCUAUUUCCACACAAGCCCCAGUACAGCUUCACAGGACAAGGCCAACACGGUCUGAUAGGACUGACCGCCUGCUUUUCCCCACACCCGUCUCACCUGGCCAAGCGCCCUGUGGGAGCGGCAACCAGUGGGUUACACGGGACGCCCCGCGGCGGCAACUCCCCGGAGCGCAGCCGUGCCCGCGGGCAGGGCCACGGCACCAGCGCCGCCACAGGCGCUCCCCAACCCGCCGCCCCCAGCACAACGCGGGCGGGGCGCUGCGUGAGGCGCCAAGGGCGGGGCCGGCGCGGCGGUACGUGCGCUCCGCUCGCAUUGGCUGCCCACCCGGAAGCGCAGCGGGUGCCUGCGUGCUGAGUACCGCUGUCCCGCGCGGCGGCCCUGCCGGACAUGGAGGUGGAGGCGCGGCGGCGGCGGGAGCAGCGGGACGCGGCCGAGGAUGGCGGCCGGGCGCAGGCGGUGUCGCUGUCGGGGCAGUCCUAUUGGCUGGACUUGUGGCUUUUCGUUCUCUUCGACCUGGCGCUCUUCGUGGUCAUCUACUUGCUGCCCUGAGGACGCCGGGCCCAGAGCCACUAUCUAAUCACAGGAUGCACCUUAAGAAACAAGCAGAGGAAGAGGAGGACCAUUUGUGCAGUAAAAACAGCAGGGAACACUAUUCCACUUGAAUGCAGGAAGCAUAUAUAUAUAUACACACAUACAUACACUUACAAUAUCUGUGGCUGUAUCUCAAGUAUUACUGUUCAGAUUUUUACCUGUAUCCUGUUUCUGUGUUCUGAACUGUGUUUUAAAGUUCACAUAAGACAGCCUGACAAUGCUUUUGUAAUUAGUACCUAAAGGUUUGUUAAGCAGAGAUGAAAAUCCAUGCUGUUUGAAUAAAAUCAACUGAAAGGACAGACUAUAGAAUGGCUGAGAAUAAAAUUCAGCUCUUAUAGCUUCAGUCUGUGGAACUCAGACCUUUUCCCUCAAUGGAGGAAGCUUACCCAGUUGUUUUACUUUCAAAAACUUAAUCACAAGGGGUGUGAUGCUAUUACAUGGGGUUUGGUUUUCUAUUACCUGUUUCUCUUUCUACUG